AGUUCCUCCGAGCGCCCGCGAACCCGAGGAGGGGUCGCGGCCGGGAGUGGAGGGGGUGGUUGAGGUUGGGUGAGGGAGGGGCUGAGGGUGGGGACGCGCGGGGCCCCACCCCCUCCCUGAGGGCCCGCGGCUGCCUGGCGACGGGAAGGCGGCGGUCCCGGCUGGGAUCCCGGCCCCUCUCGGGUGCAGCCCCGCGCCGGCUCCUCCGCCGCCGCCGCCGCCGCCGCCCAGCUGGCUGCUGUCGGGGCCGGGCGGACCCUGCUGCCGCGUGGAGCGAGCACUGGCCCGGGGCCGGCUGGGCGGCAGCACCCCUCACAUCUGAUGUGGCUCCCCCAAAUGCAGCCCGUGCGGGCGGCAGCCUGGGAACGAGCCUUGGGCCCGUGAGCACAGCCGGGCCCGCAUCCGGAGCGCGCGUCCGCGGCGGUGGGCGAGGCGAGUCGCCCGCUGGAGGACCACCCGCGCAUAGAGCAGCGGAGGUCCGGGCGUCCCGGGGACCGCGGGGGUCAGGGCUGGGGGCCCGCACGCCCCUUCCUCCGCCACCGGCGCCCGCGGCCAUGGCAGCGCCGGGGGACCCGCGGCGGCUCUACCGGCUGGUGCAGGAAGGCCAGCUGUGCGCCCUGCGGGAGGAGCUGCGGGGAGCCGGGCGCGCGGACUGCCCGGGGCCCGCCGGGGACACCCUCCUGCACUGCGCCGCCCGCCUCGGGCAUCGGGACGUGCUGGCCUAUCUGGUCGAGACCUGGGACAUGGACAUCGAGGCCACCAACCGAGACUACAAGCGGCCUCUGCACGAGGCUGCCUCGCAGGGCCACCGGGACUGCGUGCGCUACCUGCUGGGCAGAGGAGCCGCGGUCGACUGCCUGAAGAAAGCCGACUGGACUCCUUUGAUGAUGGCCUGCACAAGGAAGAAUCUGGAGGUGAUCCAGGACCUUGUAGAACAUGGUGCCAACCCACUUCUGAAGAACAAAGACGGCUGGAAUAGUCUCCACAUUGCCAGCCGAGAGGGUGACCCUCUGAUCCUCCAGUACUUGCUCACUGUUUGCCCAACCGCCUGGAAGACAGAGAGCAAAAUCGGGAGAACUCCUCUGCACACGGCAGCAAUGCAUGGCUGUUUAGACGCAGUGAAGGUCCUUCUCCAGAGGUGCCAGUACGGAGCCGACUGCGCGGACAGGUGUGGCUGCACGCCCUUCAUGGACGCGGUUCAGUGCGGCCACAUCGAUGUGGCCCAGCUGCUGCUCGAACAGCACGAGGCUUGCUGGGCGGCGCGGGACGCCCUGGGCGCACAGGCCAUCCACAGGGCAGCCGUCACCGGGCAGGACGAGGCCCUCCGCUUCCUGGUGUCCAAGCUGGGUGCCGACGUGAACGCCAGGGCAGCACCCAGCCGCCUGACGCCGCUGCAUUUCGCCGCUAAGGAAGGACACGUGAGCACAGUCCGGGUGCUCCUAUCCUUGGGUGCUGACAUCAAUUCCAAAGAUGAAAGAAACCGAUCAGCUGCUCACCAGAUGGGCAUCGCUGCGGCAUCCUGCUCCAAGUCCGUGUGGCUUCUGUCUCCACGCAGCCCUGCAUCUGGCCUGCGCCGGCCAGCACGCGGCCUGUGUCAAGCUCCUCCUGCUGUCCGGGCUAAGCGACUCCCUGGACGCCUCGGGCGCCCUGGCUCAGCAGCUCGCUCGCAGCGCAGACGUCCUUCAGUGCUUUGACCGCCACCCCGAGUCCUGAGGGUGCUUCUGAGCAAGGACAGGCACGGUGACCACGUCCUGCCACUGCCGUCGUUGGGGUCCCCAGCCAGAGGGCCGUGAGGACGCCGCCUCCCGAGCCCUGUGACCUACAUGUGGAGUCUUUCCAGGACCCGGAUUCCACUUUUUCUGCCCUUCAAGUGGAAUUAGGGGAUGUUCAUGAAGCCAGGGUCUGGAGCCCUUAGAGAAGCACAUGACCCACGUGAAUGUAACCCAGAGUACGUGUUCACGUAAAUAUGUCAGAUGUUUUAUGAGGGAUGGCAAUGACGAUGAUGUUAAUGGUACAAGAGCCAUAAACAUAACCGGCCUGCCACUUCCUUCCUUCCUCGCUUCUUCUUGUUCAUUACGGUGGUUUUACUUUGGUUUCGUAGCCAGGAAGGAGAUGCCUACACAGACAUUUGAGAGAAAAUAAUGGAAAUAUUUGCACAUUCUAAGCGCUGCUAGUUAAGCCAUAACGUUUUAAUCUUGAGGUUAUUUUUACUUGAUAGUUCUGUGUUGGCUUUCUUCAGAUAAUAAACACACCUAAAAAUGCAGCUAAGAUAUUUUCCAAACUUU